GUUAUUGAAAAUGUAUUAAAAUGUAAUCAAACUUGAAGCAUAACCGGUCUGUUUGAAAACAAACCAUGUCGGACGCAUGGGAAGAGAUUCAAGCCGUCAAAAGCAAGAGAAAUAGUCUGAGAGAGAAAUUGGAAAAGAGGAAGAAAGAAAGACAAAAUAUACUAGGCGCUACUUUACCUAGCGAUAAAAAUGACGGUUCACAAGUUGCAACCAGCAGCUCAAAAGAUAGGGCCACUGGAAGCCCGGCACCUAGUAAAAUUGAAACUCCAUCUCAAGCGGAAAAACCGAAGCCCCUAGUGCCGUCAGCUUCAUUGGAAGUGCGCUUGUUACAAGUUCUGUGCGACAUGCAGCUACAAUUACCUGCAACUGCAAGUGCCCUUUUACCGGGACUUGGGGAUGUUGAUACUGGUAUUGUGGCUAGUUUGUUGCAGAAAUUUGCAACACAAAAACUUAUUACAAUAAAGGAAAGAACUGAGAGCACAACUGACGCUAGUAUUGAAGUAGUGAGCGCUGAAUCUGUGAGAUUGGCUGCAGUAUUGGCCGCUCUAAUGGAAGAACAAUCUUCCACAACUAAGAGAAAAGGCGACAGCACUACAGAAGAAGGUCCAAAUCCAAAGGUUUCAAAAUCAACAACUGAUGAGAAAAAAGCAGGAAAAAAUGAUACAGAUAUAAUGUCUCUGCUGGCAAUGCCGUCGAGUCGAGAGAAAGCCGUCAAAAGAGUGGGUGAAGAAAUUAUGGACCUGCUCAGCAAGCCCACGGCUAAGGAAAAAUCUCUAGCUGACAAGUUCAAAAGUCAGGGAGGCGCGCAGGUGAUGGAGUUCUGCCCGCACGGCACGCGCGGCGAGUGCGGCGAGGUCGGCUGCCGCAAGCUGCACUUCAAGAAGAUCAUCCAGAGCCACACGGACGAGACGCUCGGCGACUGCUCCUUCCUCAACACGUGCUUCCACAUGGACAGCUGCAAAUAUGUUCAUUAUGAAGUGGACAAUGCGGACCCAAACGUGAAUGCAAGCAAAGCGGCUACGGAACCCGCUGCUAAGGCUAGUCACAAUGGUACAAACGUGGUACCAAAGCCCGACGGAGUACUGACUCUUACCCCUCCGCAGUGGAUACAAUGUGAUCUCCGAUAUCUCGACAUGACUUUUUUAGGUAAAUUCGCAGUGAUCAUGGCGGAUCCGCCGUGGGACAUCCAUAUGGAAUUGCCAUAUGGUACGAUGUCUGAUGAUGAGAUGAGGUGCUUAGGAGUGCCACAAUUACAGGACAGCGGCUUAAUAUUCCUUUGGGUUACGGGCAGGGCGAUGGAACUGGGUCGAGAGUGCCUUAAGUUGUGGGGCUACGAGCGAGUGGACGAGCUCAUCUGGGUGAAAACGAAUCAACUGCAGCGCAUCAUACGCACCGGACGGACCGGUCAUUGGCUGAACCACGGCAAGGAACAUUGUCUGGUCGGUAUGAAAGGUAACCCAGAUAAUUUGAACCGAGGCCUAGACUGUGACGUCAUCGUCGCGGAAGUGCGCGCCACGUCACACAAGCCGGACGAGAUUUAUGGCAUUAUAGAGAGGUUGAGUCCAGGCACGCGAAAAAUAGAGCUGUUCGGGCGACCACAUAACGUACAACCAAAUUGGAUAACCCUAGGAAACCAAGUAGACGGAGUGAGACUCGUAGAUCCAGAACUGAUAGCGGCUUUCAAGAAGAGAUAUCCCGAUGGCAACUGCAUGGCACCACCCACUCCCGACCCUGGACUAUCAUAGACAUUGAAGGACAUUUUAAAAUGUGAAAAAGUGCAAGAGUGCUAAAUAAUCGUUCUCCUCAUUGCCUUUGUGGAAGUGCACAGAAUUAUCAAAGAGUUGAAAUUAUAUUAUUGUUAUUUAAAUAACAAAUAAUUUUAAGCACAUAUUGUGUUAAG